CGCAUGGUCUGUAGAGGCGCAGACGUCGGUGAAGCGGCAGGUUUUCCGAGAUACGAGAUGAGCGACACCGGUACGUGAAAGGACAAACAAUGGAUAUGUCCGAGUCAGAACCGCAGCGGUCACAUCCUGGCGGAGACAGGAUUUUGUGGAUCGUUCCAGCUGCUGAAGUCUCAAGUUGUCUUAAAAUCCAGUGACAAAAUGCCAAAACUAUCAUCACAACCCUGCAGGCUCUGAAUCAUGGGAAAUGUUGAGAGCCAGAACGGGGAUCAUGUCCUCUACAGUAACCGACGUGGCUAUUUGUCACGUAAGCACAUGUCUCGGUCUCUUCGCAUUUCCAACAAACAAUCCAGACACUCGCCCCACGCUUCAUCAGGAAAAAUGGAGCACAGGAACUCUGAGACCAGCACACGCUCAAGUAGUACUCCCAGCAUCCCACAAUCCCUUGCAGACAAUGGCUUGGAACCCUUCAAUGAAACAAACAUCCUCCACGAUUUUGGAAGCCCCAUUUGGGUGGAUCGUGUGGCUAUGAGUCUGCGGCCUGUAUCCUUUCACAAUGAUCUGGCCAAUCCCACAGUCCAUAUGAAUACAAUGCACAUAACCCUGCCUGGCCCUACUGCAGAGGAACUGCAUGAUGAAGAUAUGUACACAAAUGAGGUAAAAUACCUUCAAAAGACCAUGGACUGCUCCAAAGAAACUGUCAGUUUCAAAAAGAGGUCUAAAUCUGCAGACACCUGGCGAGAUGACAGCCUGGAAUUCUCCCUGUCUGAUGUCAGUCAGGAUCACCUGACCAGCACUGAAGAGAUCAUUGACAUGUCCAAUGAGAGAGACUUCAACAACCGUGAAGGCCACCUGCAGUCCAGCCCUGCUGACUCUGCUGACAGGGCAAACUCGUUGGAUGAGCUGUUCAGCAACACCAGUCCAGCCUGCAGGCAGCCCCAUGGCCGUUAUGCCAAGUGGCACGAUGCCAACAGGUCUGUAAGGGAGAGCGAGGACGAGAAGAUGUUAUCUCCAUCGGAGGAAGAUGGGAACACCUACGGUGCAUACACACUUCCCUGCCGACGUUCCCACUGCUUGUCUGAAGGCCUGAGCAGCCAUCAAACCACCAUAUGUACUAGUAUGCAGGGCAGAAGAGCACAGACUAUACAGGAUGUCACAGCUGGGGAUGGCAGUGAAUACGAGGAUAGUGGAAUCGACGGGGUGAUGGUAGAGGCAGAGCACCAGUCUCGACGCUACAAAACCAUGUCAGCCUCCUUUUCUGUGUAUUCAGUGCAUGGAAGAGGUAUGUUUGCUGGCAGCGACAGCGGCAGCAGUGGUGGCGGUGGGGCCAACGAGUGUGUGCAGGGCGUGUACGAGAACUUUCGCCAAGAGCUGCAAAUGAGCUCCUGCCAGACGGAGAACUUGGAGGAAGCAAGCUCCGCCCUAAGCGAUGAGCAGAGCACUAUGAGCUCCGCCUACCAGUCGGAUGUUUUACUCAGUGUUGUCCAGGGGAUGGUACGCAAAGCUGGUAACCUUGCUGUCAAGAACUUCCUUGUACACAAGAAGAACAAGAAAGUGGAAUCUGCCACAAGACGCAAGUGGAAAAAUUACUGGGUUUCCCUUAAAGGAUGCACCCUCUUCUUCUAUGAGACUGAUGGUCGCUCAGGAAUUGACAACAACAGUAAUCCCAAGCAUGCCGUAUGGGUAGAGAACAGUAUAGUCCAAGCUGUGCCAGAGCAUCCCAAAAAGGACUUUGUUUUUUGCCUUAGCAAUUCCCUGGGUGAUGCAUUUCUUUUCCAGACCUGCAGCCAGACAGAGCUGGAAAACUGGAUCACAGCCAUGCAUUCAGCAUGUGCCACUGCUGUUGCCCGUCUUCAUCACAGAGAGGACACCGUUCGGUUGCUACGUGCCGAGAUCAAGAAACUGGAGCAAAAAAUUGACAUGGACGAGAAGAUGAAGAAGAUGGGAGAGAUGCAACUGUCAGCUGUUACUGACACCAAGAAAAGGAAGACAAUUCUGGAUCAAAUCUUCUUGUGGGAGCAGAACCUGGAGCAGUUUCACAUGGAUCUAUUUCGCUUUAGAUGCUACCUGGCCAGCUUGCAAGGAGGGGAGCUCCCCAACCCUAAACGCCUCCUAGCCUUCGCCUCUCGCCCCACCAAGCUGGCAAUGGGCCGACUGGGUAUAUUCUCAGUCUCUUCCUUCCAUGCACUGGUGGCAGCUCGCACCGAGACUGGAGUGAGACGACGAACUCAAGCCAUGUCUCAUUCCUGCAGCAAGCGAAAGAGCAGGUUCUCUUCUAUCUGGGGUUUGGACACAACCUCAAAGAAGAAGACCCACCGUACAGUUAGUCAGGUGUUUGCUGAUGGUGAAGAGCCUGAGAAAAAGCCCACAGAUAGCAUUUUUAUUGAUCCUGUAAAGGAAAACUCAAAAACUGAAGAAGGAACUGUGAAAAACCUUCCACAACCCAACACUGAGAGUGACAUCUGGGUCCCUGGCCACCUCACGCCCUCCUGGGUUUGCCUGCCAAAUGACCAGCCUGUGCUAACCACCAUCCAGCCAGGAGAGUCUGCACUGUGUGUUCUUGAAUCCAUCUGCAAGGCUCAUGAGCUUGAUCCAACCAAACACUACUUGCGACUUAAACUCCUUAUUGAAAAUCAAGUGCAAUUCUACAUUCCCAAACCAGAAGAGGAUAUUUGUGACUUGCUUUAUAAAGAAAUUGAGAUCUGCUCCAAAACCACAAAAGUAAUCCAGUUUGACAGAGAUGAAUCCUGCAUGAUUGGUUAUGGUUUCUCUAUUUCAGUGGUGGAAGAGGAUGGAAUACAGCAGCUCUACAUCACUGAUGUAAAGGCAGGGGGAUUAGCCUUUGCAAAAGGCCUAAAUGCUGGGGAUGAAAUACUUCAGCUGAAUGGAAAGGACUCUCACAAUCUCAAUUUCUCUGACAUGAAGGCGGCAUUUUCUCAAGCAUCUCUGGCUCUGACGGUCAACACCCUGCCUUCUGUGGACCGCCGUCAGCUGUGCUACCUGCCACCGCGUCGCUCUGAUGCAGCAGAUGAUCUGUACACGGAUAUCUUUUCCCAGAGUCAAGAGGAAAUCCUGGAUGACGGUGUGGGACUCCUGCUUGAGAGCUCAGGAGACAGCCUGGAUGAUGACUCGGAGAGCUUCAGUGAGUUUGAUGAGCGCAGGAAGAGUACGGAGCAGGUCGCUGCUUUUUGUCGCAGUCUCCAUGAUAUGAAUCCCUUGGAGUGCGUGUCUUCUUCACCGAGCCCGGACUCAGCCUUCCCACUUACUGCAACUCCCCGGCAGCUGUCGGAUGCCGACAAGCUCCGCAAAGUAAUCUGCGAACUUGUGGAGACGGAACGCACCUAUGUCAAAGAUCUUAAUUUCCUCAUUGGGAGAUAUUUAACCCCGCUGCAGAAAGAGACCUUCCUCUCUCAGGAUGAGCUGGAUGUUCUGUUUGGAAACUUACCAGAAAUGGUGGAAUUCCAAGUUGAAUUCCUCAAGACCCUAGAAGAUGGGACCAGACUGGUUCCGGAUCUGGAAAAGCUUGAGAGUGUGGAUCAAUUUAAGAAAAUUCUCUUUUCUUUGGGAGGCUCGUUCUUGUACUAUGCUGAUCGUUUUAAAAUUUAUAGUGCUUUCUGCGCAAGUCACACCAAAGUCCCAAAAGUUCUUGUAAAGGCCAAAACGGACCCCUAUUUCAAGGCCUUUCUUGUUGAGCGGAACCCCAAGCAGCAGCACUCCUCCACCCUUGAAUCAUACCUAAUCAAACCCAUACAGAGGGUCCUAAAGUAUCCCCUCCUGCUGAGAGAGCUCUACUCUCUCACAGAUCCAGAUAGUGAGGAACACUACCAUUUGGAUGUUGCUAUCAAAGCCAUGAACAAGGUUGCCAGCCACAUCAAUGAGAUGCAGAAGAUCCACGAGGAGUAUGGAGCAGUGUUUGAUCAGCUCAUCAUUGAGCAGAGCAGUGAAAAGAAAGAGGUUGCUGAUCUGUCGAUGGGUGAUCUGCUUCUACACAACACAGUGACAUGGAUCAACCCACCUGCUUCCUUAGGAAAAUGGAAGAAAGAGCCACAAAUGGCUACAUUUGUGUUUAAAACUGCUGUGGUGUUUGUGUGCAAAGAAGAGUCCAAGCAGAAAAAGAAAAUGGGUGGCUCCCAUCGAGCCUCUGUAUCAUCAGAAGAAAAAGAUCCCUUCCGAUUCCGUCACAUGAUCCCAACAGAUGCUCUUCAAGUCAGACCUUUAAACAAUGCAGAUGGUGAGAGUUCUGCUAUGUGUGAGAUUGUUCACACAAAGUCAGAGUCGGAGGGAAGACCAGAGAGGACAUUUCACCUGUGCUGUAGCUCUCCAGAGAGCAGAAAAGAUUUUCUGAAGACGGUCCAUUCCAUUUUGAGGGAAAAGCACCGCAGACAGCUUCUAAAAACUGAGAGUUUACCCCCCAGCCAGCAGUAUGUGCCAUUUGGAGGGAAGCGGCUCAGUGCCCUGAAGGGAGCCCGUCCAGUCAUAAAUAGAGCCGCCUCGGCCCCAACCAGGACGCUGGGCAGAAGAAAGCUGGUUCGCAACCGUUUCACCAUCGACACAGACAUCGUUUUUGAUGGAGACGCAGAACACCAAGACUUUGUGUCGCCCAAGGAAUUCGACUCAAAACGGCUUCAGCAGAAGGAUGAACAAGAGCAGUCUGAGCUAACAGGUGACACAGACCGUUGGGUAGAAGAGCAGUUUGACCUAGACGAAUAUGAAGACCAGGAAGAAGUCAAGGAGACAGAUAUCCUAAGUGACGACGAUGACGAGUUUUGCCAGACACCCAGAUCCCCAUCUGAGGAGGGCGAUUUGGAAAGCCCCAUGAUGGCUUUGUCCCUGGAGGGUUCAGGAAUAGAGGAACACAAGAGCCUCAACUCCCAAAAUGCCAGUGAUGACCAUGUGAAGAUAUGUGACAUGAAGAAGGGGAGCUCCGAAGAUCAGAAUCAAGCAGAGGAUGAUGAGAUUUGGGUACGAAGGGAGCUAUCGGGUUCAUCCCCAGACUGUGCCACGUAACAAUUGAAAGGAAAGGAAGUAUCUUUACAUGGGCUGCACAACUGUCACUCAUCACAAACAAUGCAUGAGCAUUGAUGUAUAUCACACAGGUAGUAAAAUAAACAGAAUACUCUUCGUUACCUUAAUUAUGCUGAAUGCUUUUUUUGUACAAAAACGGUUUGUGGAGCAAUAAAGAAAUUCAGUACGAGUGAGCCCAGACACUGUUUCUUAAAUGUCAAGUGUUAGCUAUGAGACAUGAACUAUGGUACAAUCAUUGAAUCUAAUCACUUGCUUUGAUUGGCAUGGUUUGCACAUUUGGGCAGCAUCCUAUAAACCUGCCUGCUGUUGCCAAAUUUGAGUAUUGUGAGAACAAUAAAUAUUGUUUUGUCUGUGUGACUCAGAGAUAUUAUCAUAGUUAAGGGCUGUAUAUUAUUUGUCCUUAAAGUCAUAGAAUAAUAAAUUUCAAAUGGCAGUCUUGUCUUGUAUAGUUUACUGUACUUGUACAUUUUCAUAUAAAUAUACACUGACUUGCGUGAUGAAUUAGAUUUUUUUUCUUUCUUUUACUGACUAGUUUAGUCCGGAAUAUAUUUUAUCUUGUUACAUUUAAUUAUUAAAGUAAUAACACUAUUGUCACAGAAGCAAUGUGAUUUAAAUUUGUUUGAACAUAAUCCUGUUUUACUUGAAAUUGUAUUUGCUGUUUUAUUAUUUUUACUACUGUGAAAAUUUUGUUGUUUUACCUAUUUUCUCUUCAGUAUUGACGCUGACACACACUGACACUUCACAUGCACAGUCUGUACUGUACAUACACAUUUCAGUUUAUUUAGAAAGUCUUGUGAGUUCAUGAUUUUUUAAUUCUUUACAAAAUAAUGGUUUCAUUUAUUCAUGUGUGAUUUGCUAGCAAGCAUUUUUUUUACAAAGAAAGUCCAAAUUUGCUCCAUGCAAUCAAGGGAAAAGUCUUGCAGAAUGUCUGAAAAGUGAAAGUCAACUUACUUUUAAAAACUUAUCAUGCUAUUUGACUGCAUUUGUAUUAUUGUGUAUAUAUAAAAAUGUAUUGAUAUCAUAAUAAAUACAUUUGUUUCCUA